AGUUGUAAACGUUUCUUUAGCCACAUAAGAUGUUGCUCAAAAUCCCAUACGUAACCAGGGGCAGAUACCUGCAAUUGUUGUGUUCAAUUUGCAUGAGUUUGUCGACUCUAGUGUUUGGAAUAUUCGUGUCUUGGCCUUCGCAGACUCUACCCAAGCUCUUGUCCAAGGACAGUCCCCUGGCCAGUGGACCCAUAACACAAUGGGAGGCUUCUCUUGUGAACUCUCUGGUCAUGGGUGGUGGUGUAGCUGGAAGUAUUGUUUUCGGACUGCUACCUAACAGAUGUGGACGGAAGUGGCCGAUUAUUUCAGCUGGUGUAAUUAUGGUGGUUUCUUGGGUGUUAAUUGCCACUGCCGAAAACGUCAAUUACUUGUACGUCUCCAGAUUUUUUAGCGGACUUGCUGCUGGUGGCAUUCGUAUUUUCAUCUCUUUCUAUAUAUGUGAAAUAGCUGAGAAUCGAAUUCGAGGAGCUUUGGCAUCAAUUUCAGGAAUUUCAUUCUCCUUAGGUAUGCUUUUAGGAUCCAUCAUCACUGACUCAUUGCCUUUGCACAUUGCACCGUAUGUUCCAUUGGCACUCCUUGGAGUUUUCUUCCUCUUGAUAUUGUUUCCUGACUCACCACACUGUCUUAUUCUGAAUGAUAGUCGAGUCGUUCAAGCGGAAGAAGCAUUGAAGUUCUUCCGCCAAAUGACACCAUUAGAUGAGAUCGCACAGGAAUUUGAACAAAUUAAGAAAUCGAGAGAUGCUACUGGAAAUUCCGUAACUUUUCAGGAUUUUUGCUCUCGAGGUGUCUUAAAAGGAAUUGUGAUAAUCCUUUUUAUAAUGAGUCUGCUGCAUUUCAAUGGCAUACAAACUCUGGGGACCUAUUCUGUAAUUGUGCUAUCUCAGGCUGGCACAUCCUUGAAUCCUAAUAGUGUCACUUCAUUAUUCUACACUGUUCAGUUCGUCAGUUAUGUUUCGACAGCCUACAUUUUAGAUCGAUAUGGACGAAGGUUGACCAUGAUCAUGGCACUUAUAACUAACAUCCUUUGCGGAUUGAUAUUUGCACUGUACUACUACAUACUGAAUCUUGAAAUAUCCAUUCCGCAAGGCUGUGAAUGGAUCUUGAUACUAUCUUUCUACGGUUUAGCCGCUUCUGGAAUCAUCCUGAUCAACGUUCCCACAAUUAUCUCAACAGAGCUUAUACCGACUAAACUUAGAAGUAUGACAGGAGCCACUUUUGUAACUCUUCAGUGGUUAGAUGGUUUUGCAAUGACAGAAUUCUUUUUGCCAGCUACAGAAGCUUUUGGCAUACAUAGCUGUGUUUUGGCUUUUGCCUUUUGGAACAUCAUUGAACUGUCUGUAGUGUAUUUUAUGCUACCAGAAACCAGAGGAAAAUCUACUCAUGAAAUUAAUGAAAUCCUAAACAAAAAGAAAAAUAAAGAGUGUGACAGUGGUUGAUUCAGGAGACAUUGCUCCUAAAUAUUUUAUAAAACACAACUUUUAUUGAAUUCCUCGUAACUUGUGAGGAAGUUGUAAAAAAAGAGACUUUUAUGUUUAUAUCGGAAAGAGAAAUACUUUGAGGUAGUAAUACAUGCAGCGAUACUUUAUUUCGUUGUAUUAUAUUUUUUUGUGCCCAUUUGGAUGUUUAAAUUAAGAGCAAAUUAGGAUAUUUUCGGGGAACGUUUUUAUAUGAUUAAUUGUUUUGAAACUAUUGAUAAGCCAAGAUUAUCUUAUUAUAGGCUAAAUACUUACUAUAAAACUAAUUCUAAGUGCAUGAAAAGUUGAUUUAAUAUAAGAUAUCAGACACGGUAUGUAAUUUUUUCAGCUAUAUUUUGCGAAUAAAUGAAAUUUUCGUAUUAUA